CCACAUCGAGACGCCAGAUCGUCAGUCGUAAGCUGGACCCCGACUCCUAAACAACAAACUACAUUUUUGAGCUCAAUAGUUUAUAAUUUCGAAGAAAAUCCAAUAAAAUUUCUCAUUCAAAAAUUGUCCGUUGAAACCCAAAGAAACAGAUGCAAUAGCAAAAUUCUAAACAGCGUAUGAUAAUUUCGAGCUGCCUCCCAUUAUUAAUAAUAAAAAGAAAAAGCCAAAAAGUAAAGCCGCGCGAAAAACCAUAUAACAAACGACCACUGUAAAAUCGAAAAACAUUGUAAAACCAUCGAAAACCAAUCGAAAAAAAUCUAAGAAAAGCAAAAACGUAAAAUGCAACGAUCGCUUUCUGGAAGAGGCUGUUCCCGGGCCCUGGCCCUGCUCAGCCCCCUGAAGUCCUGCCCCCAGAGGAGCCUCCACGUGGAGGAGGCCCUGGCGGCGUGCCCUGUGGCCAAGAGUCCUUGCCUGGACCUACUGGGCCGCUUGCUUCACGGGCGAUUGAACCUCCUGGGCGGGCGUCCUGUGCCGCACAGGUUCCUGCCCCUGCUGACGGGCGAUCGCAGCCUGCACUUCAACGCCGACGAGGACGAGGAGUUCCGCAGCCGGCUGGCCAUGCAGCUGAGGGAGCUGCGCGAGGCCCUGCAGGAGACCCAGGAACUCCGGGAAGCGCAGGAGGAGGAGCUGGCGGAGGAGCAGGAGGAGGAUCAGCCCUAUACGACGCGCUCCCGCGAAAUAUCCGUGGAGGAUCUCACCGACGAGGAGCUGAACGAGAUGCGCGAGGUGCGGAUGACCGCCGGCGCGGAUCGGGAUCAGGAUGGUGGUGGCCACAAAUCGGGUGGCUCUAAGCAGCCGGAGGCCAGUGAGAAGGAGGGCGGCGAGGAGGCGGCCGAGGCCAGGGAGCCCCAGGACCCGCAGGAGAACUUCGACGUCCACGAGGUCCGCGAGGGCGACAUCGAGGGCGUCUACUGGACCGGCGAGGGCAAGCGGAUAGUCACCCAGACGCCCCAGCGGAAGACCGGGCACUCGGGCUUCAUCGACGGCGAAGGCGAGGAGAUUCCCCACGAGGAGUCCUCGCCAGGACAGGCGCCGCCCUACCACCCCGCUCCGCGCGCCCAGGCCACCUCCAAAAUGCUGCGCAAGGGCGGCCGCAAGUCCAGGACCUCGUCCUCCAAGCCCACUCCCAGCGAUUCCAAUGAAUAGCGAAAUGGCCCAGGCGAAGUCCUCGAAUUGUCGGGAUCACUAAAAUAAACAAAGGGCUGAGUUCAAAA